AUGCCUUCAUCCCUUGAAGCCACAGUAUCCGAAGUGGUUCUCCCCGUCGUGGACAUUUCCAAAUUUCCUAGAGAGUUGGAUGCUCAGGAACUGGACCAACUUCAAUAUCAUCCUGAAUUCGCCAAACUCAGAGAGGCCUGCAAAGAAUGGGGAUUUUUCCAACUUGUCAAUCAUGGAAUUCCAGUUGAUCUUCUGCAAAAGGCUGAGAAUGGUAGCCGUAAUUUAUUGUCCAUGCCUACCGAGGUCAAAGACAAAGCCUCAUCUGGUAAGCCAUUCGAUUCUUACUUCCGAAAAGGAAAUUAUGAGUCCUUUCACCUUCAAGACUUCACCAGUCAAGGUUCGUUUGAGCAGAUGUAUGCAAAGCUGUGUCCUGAAGGGAACCCCAAUUUAUGCGAAGCAAUGGCAAAGUACGUUUCGUGUGUCUCAGAUCUUGCACGAAAAAUCACAAGACUAAUUCUGGCAAGCCUGGGAUUGGAUGCUGAGGUUUACUACCACAAUUACUUCGAAACCUGCCGAAAAGUAUUGCGUAUAAACGGCUAUUCACUGGAAAACCUGUCCAUCGGGGAGCAGGUGCUCCUCCCCCAUACAGAUACGGGGUGCCUCACAAUUCUUUAUCAAGAUGAUGUAGGAGGCCUUCAGAUUCGAUCUCGUGACGGUGAAUGGUUCAACGUCAAACCUCUCUCUCAUUCAUUUGUUGUCAAUGUUGGGGACUCCCUCAAGGCGUGGACUAACGGCCGGUACCGCAGCGCAGAGCAUCGCGUUGUGUGUAAAGGUUGUAGAGAUCGUAUGUCAAUUGCCUUCUUCAGUUCUUUUCCUGGAGAGACAGAAAUCUGGGCACCUGAGGAGCUUGUGGACGACAACAACCCAAGGCGUUACAAGCCUUUCGUAUACUCACAAUUCAUGCAUGAAAGAAUGAGUAAUAAAGAAAGUAACGUAAGAACUGCGACUCUUGAACUAUUCGCGAACAGCAAGCGACUUUGA